AUGGCGUCUGUCAAGCCGUCUGGACGGCACUUCAGCGCCUGCUUCAAAUGCAUACGAACCCCUGCCUCGGUCAAUGUCAAUGGCACGUCGCGUCGCUUCCUCCAAGUCUCGGCCUCUGCUCGCGAAGAACUUCAGACGCAAUCAACGCCUUCGCCAACCCCUCCACCGCCUACUAUGAAAUCUGCCGCUAAAAAAGAAGUGCCAGAGUAUAUGCAGAAAUGGGGGGAAUUGGAUGCGCAAACUGUCGAUGAAAAACGCGAAGAGCGUCGUCUUGUCCGAAGAGAAGGGGUACAGCCCGUGGGAUCCCGUCGUCGACGAACGAUUCUCAAUCGAAUGGCUGCGAAUCGAGCCGAUGAAAUCGCUUUCGAACAGCUGCCUUUUCAGGCUUUCCAGGAAGCAAGGAAGUUCUUACUUCAGGAUCGCCAGGAGAAGCUGAAAGCCAUCGAGGUGCAAACGGCUAGGAUAAACAAUCUUAUGGAACAAGAUCCAGCUGUGAGCGGCGGUUCAUCCGCUAAAGAAGCUCGGUUGAGGAGUAUGCGGAAUCAUGUUCAAGAGCUGAUCAUUCUUGCCGACAUCAACGACCCAGUCGUAAAGAAAAAGUUUGAGGAUGGAGAGGGUGACAUGAACAAACCCAUAUAUCGCUACCUUGCUGAUCAAAAAUGGCGCAAGUACAAGCGUCUCAUUCUGGAACAACGAAUUUCUCAGUUGAACUUGGUUCCCGAUUUCCUACCUGCCUUGAACCCCGUGGCAGACGUUGACCUCGGUUUUGGGCGCAAAGACGUAGCUCCGGGUGAAUUUGUUGAUUCAGCCUUGAGUGAGCAGAUGCCGCGACUUAAAGUGCAAACAUUCGAACCAGGAGAGAAGUUGGUCAGUGUGGUCGUCGUGGAUGCCGAUGUUCCUGUACUAUCAAAGGAUAGUUUCACGACCCAUUGCCAUUUCAUUGCCUCCAACAUUCCCAUCUCACCCACGCAGACGUCUAUUCCAUUGAUCCGCAUCGGUCAACAAGACAAUAAAACAGAAGACGUUUCGGCGAGAAAGAUUGCUCUUCCUUGGCAAGCACCCUAUUCCAUCAGAGGUGCACCUUACCACCGCCUUGCUGUAUUUGUACUCGAACAGAAAGAUGCCAAAGCAUUGGAUGUGGAGGCUCUCAAGAAUACUAAGAGGGCUGGCUAUAAUGUCAGAGCGUUCGUUGAGAAGCACAAGUUGAACGCGAUCGGUGUUUCUGUGUUCCGGACGAAGUGGGAUGACAGCAUGGCUGGAGUGAUGGAGAGGGCGGGUCUCAAAGAUCUUGUCAAUGUUGAACUGAAGAGGAAGAGGAUCGAGCCGUUGCCGUACAAGAGAAGGACAGAGCGCAUGCGGUAA